AUGGUCUUCUUCAAGCGAACAUCGUUGAACGACGAUAAGCUUCUGCAAAAAAUCACCACAAAAUUGGAUAAAGAUCAGUUGGCGUUCAUUCGGAGACACUUCAUACCCAUUCUACUCGCUUAUCAUUAUACUGGUUGCCAUUUUACAACACCAUUACGAGGUGUUCUCAUGAAACCACUUUGCUGGAUUCAACUCUUAUUCGUGAUGACAGUUGUUGGAUUAGGUGGAUAUGGCGUGAUGCAUGUGGGAUAUUUCCUUUUAACAACACGAGAAUCCCAUCAAUAUUUGUCGUUGAUAUUGGUUGCGUUCACAUCUGCCAUUCAAUCGCUAUCAUCAUUUUUGUUUGUGCCGUACUGGCAACAUUCGAAACCUCUCGACAGACUGAUCCAAGCUUAUUAUGAUGCUCAACACUGUGCUGGAAGGGCACGUGCCACUCGUUCGAUUCGUAUCGUUAUCCUUUUAGGCGCAUCGUAUUUCCUAGCAUUCACGACGAUUUCCAUUGUUUCGUUUACUCUUCGCGUGAACUGUAUUCCAUAUAAAAUGAUAAUGUUGGCGUUUUGGUUGAACGAAGUGGAUCAUGAAAAGUUAUUCGAGACGUUCAUGGAAAUGUUCAAAACACAUAGACGAUUAGCGAAUGCGGUACGAGUGAUGAAUCAGAUGUUUCAGGUGGAGACAUUUUAG